CUUUACAGAUCUUUUUUAUUCACCAAGAGCUUGUAACACUCCAUAGAGAAAGGAAAAUUUGAAAUCGCAUCAUAUGACCCUUUUAAAUUGGACGUUUUUUGAACUCCUAUUUGGGGAAGCUAAAGAAACUAAAAGAAACUAACCUGUGUUCAUGUAAUUAAAAGCAUUUGCUAAAUGAACAAUAAGAGUAAAAAUUACUGAAAUUCUAUGCUGAUUCAAAUCACCAUAGGUUCUCUUGAUUCAUCUUGGACCUUACACCUGUUCAAUAUGAGUUCAUUCUGUGUUCAGAAGUCUAGAGAAGAGAAAGAGUUUGAGGAGGAAGAUGGAGGAUUUCCCCAUCUGGACAAUGGAGAUGGUGUGUUUGGGUUCAAGUGUAGCUCUCUCUGGUCUGUUUUAUUACAUCUACAGGAAGAAAUGCAAAACUGUGGACAAACUUAAAGAAGCUCCAGUUUUGCCGCUGGAUGAAAAGUUAGCAGAUCUUUUGAAUGCCACACCAGGGAAAUGUCUGCAGUAUGUGGUCAUUGAGGGUACAGUGCAGCCCAUUGGGGAACCAUUAAGGAGUCCGUUUCACGAAGGCACUGUUGGUGUCAUCCAGACUCUGGUCCUCCGAGAACACAAACUUGUGUGGAACAGUUCAGCACGCACUUGGACAGACAGCAAGCGUGUACUUCACCAGCAUGUGAAUGCUGUGCCCUUUAACUUGCUGGGUGUGAACAAGGCGUUUGUGCGUGUGCUCUGUCCCCUGGAGGCCACGGGUCCCAAUAUGGAAAUCGUCCAUGAGAAGUUCCACCAGGCCAAUUACGGCUUCACGGACCUGACUGGUCAGUACCUGUGUGGAGAGAAGCCCAAAGGUCAUCUUGAAACAGAGGAGAUGCUGAAAGUGGGCGCGUCUUUGACCGCAGUGGGUGAGCUCAUCCUGGACACAGAUGGCCUCCCAAAAAUCCGCCCACCCACUGACGGCUCGGAGUACUUCCUGAGCACAGACGGCUUUGAGACCCUGCGGUUGGAGCAGGAAGGGAAGGCAGGGGUGUUCAGGGUGCUGGCGUGUGUUUGCGCAUUGGCAGGUGUGGCCCUGCUGAUGUGGGCGGGACGCAGGUAUUAUCGCCAGCUGAAGCUGUGGUGGGAGCAGGAGAACAUGAGGAGUGAGUUUGAACUGAUGGGCGCAGGAGAGGAGGAGAACGGUGUGGAGGUACCGGAGAACGUAUGUGUGAUAUGCCUGAGUAACCCACGAGGCUGCGUGCUGCUGGACUGCGGACACGUGUGCUGCUGUUUCCACUGCUAUCAGGCCUUGCCACAACCCAUCUGUCCCAUCUGCAGGCAGAACAUUAAACGCGUCGUUCCUUUGUAUCAGGCCUAAGAGACAUGGUUUAAUCUUAUACAAAUGAACAGUUGUGCUGGAUUUACCUUUCGAAAAAGCCUUAAACUUUGAAACAGGGUUAUUCUGUGAACAGGAAACCUGCGAUAGAAUCAACACACAGAUUCCUGAUACGCACUUUAGUUCGUUUAGUUAGUUCGUUUAGUUCCAUAUUCCUAUUUUUCCAUUUUUUCCACAGAAUAAAAAAUCUGUAAUAUCAAUAAAUCUAUGUAUCUAUCAUUUUAUAGAGAAAAAUGCCAUUGAUUCAAUGCAUUGAACAGCGCAGAUGUAAUCAUGGGAAAUCCCCUUAAACACUGAAAGUAUGCUAUGACAAAGAUAUCGCUGUCAUCUUUUGACAACUAAUGGCAAACUGAUUUUUUUCCACAAAAAUAUGACUUGACUUGAAGAAGGACAUAAUCACAAUGUUGUACAGAUGUAAAAAAAAAGAGCCAGUUGAUGUAAAAAAAAUUACUCUCUUCACUCGACAUAUGAUUAUUAAUGUAUUGAACAUCGUGGUUGUUGAGGUGUUUUUCUUCUUCUUCUUCAUUAAAAAUGAUGGCUACAGCCAUAUUGUAUUGAAUCGUUGGUUCAAAUAAACCUAUAAUCUAAAAUUAAAAUGUUGUUUAAUAUGGUAAGCUUAAUGCCUUUAUUUAUGAAUGAGAUACUGCACUGGGUUGUUUGUUUGUUUGUUUUUGAGUUUUCGAUUUCCUAUAAGUCCAAAUUUUAAGCUUGUCAUGUAAAGUUCUGGACUACUUUGUGUUUGGUCACUGUUGUGUACUUGCUGUUCUUCUGUAUCAGCAUUAUUUGAAGUUUUCACAUACAGAUUCUAAAUCAUAAGUACCUGCUGCUACACUACAGUGAUAUUGCUGAUUUAUUAGAGCUUGUGACAUGGAAAGUCAUAAUUAUUCUGAGAGAGACGUGUGUGUUUGCCAGCAAGAAAUCUUGCAAGUUCUUAUGCAACAGCUGCUGUGAUCCUGUUACAAAUAACCUCUGUAAAUUACCCACAACAACCUUCCCCUCUCCUUCUCACUUUUUGUCUUAAAUAUAAGAAAAUGAGAUGCAGAAUAAAUAUUUGAAGAAAAAAAAAAAACUUUGCCAAGGACAAACUGAACUUUUGAUGAUGCUGCAUCUACCACUAAAGCUUGUCAUUUUACAUUAAACCACUAGAGGGCAAAAGAGGGCCAGACUGGUAGAGUGAGGGAAAUGUAUUUGCAUGAACCAAUGCAUCUCUUGCAUUAAUGAUUUUUUUAAUUAAUUCGCAUUAAUUUUUUAAUUUUUCUCCUCUGCCCAUGCCUCUUGCCCUUCAACUUGAAAACUUAAGUUCAGUCACUGCCUUAAAUUUUUAAGUAUUCAAACUGGCUGUAAAAGUCAUUUCAACAUAAAUUAUAUUAAACUGACACCGUGGAAUGUUUUGCUUGAGUUA